AUGGCAGAUUCCCCACAGCAUAUCCAAUUCGGAGAUGAAAUAAAGCCCGUCCGGUCGAACAGGUCUAAUAGGUCAAAUGGAUUGGCUUUUGGUGAUGUGAUGGCAGAAUCAAAAGUAUCGCAGACGGCCACUGAUCAUGACUUUGAGGAGAAGGCAUUAGAGAUUGCGAAUGAGGAUUUAAACAAGAAGAAGAAACAGACAUACACAGGAUGGAUGCUUAUGUGGUUGGCAUACCAAAGUACUGGUGUAAUAUAUGGUGAUAUUGGAACAAGUCCCCUAUAUGUCUACUCAUCCACCUUCACAAGCAACCCUUCAUACGAUGAUCUCGUUGGCGCACUAUCUAUAAUAAUAUGGACCCUUACUCUUAUGGUCUCGGUAAAAUAUGUCUUCAUUGUCUUAUCGGCAGAUGAUGAUGGAGAAGGAGGAACUUUUGCGCUCUACAGUUUACUCGCCCGUUAUGCACACAUCGUCCGAUUGGAUCCGAACAUAUCUGCGACUGUCAAGAUGGCACGACAUGAGACGAAUGAGUUGAAGGCUUCGAAUAAGAAUGUUCGGACCUUCAUCGAAAAAUCUGCAGUGGCUAGGGUGGUGUUGAAAAUUUUGGGGGUAUUAGGUGUUAGUAUGGUUAUGUCCGAUGGGGUUUUGACGCCCGCGCAGUCUGUGCUAGGGGCAAUUCAAGGCAUUGAAGUUGCAUAUCCAGAUAUCAGCAGCAGUACAAUCGUUGGUACGACUUGCGCCAUUCUUAUUCUUCUAUUUGCUAUCCAGCCAUUUGGAACUACAAAGAUCGCAAGCACAUUUGCCCCAAUAGUCAUCAUUUGGCUACUCUUCAACAUGUGCACCGGUAUCUACAACCUAGCCCAAUACGACCACACUGUCCUGAAAGCAUUUUCUCCCUAUUUUGCAGGAAAUUACUUCAUGCGCAACAAAGAGGAAGGUUGGAAAUCAUUGGGUGGACUCUUACUUGCUUUCACUGGAGUAGAAGCAAUGUUUGCAGAUUUAGGUGCUUUCAGUAAGAGAGCUGUGCAAAUUUCUUGGCUAGGCUUCACUUAUCCUUGUUUGUUAUUGGCAUAUAUUGGACAAGCUGCAUAUAUUUCCCAAGACGCUACUAAAACAGCUUAUACAAAUCCUUUCUUCAACACAGUUCCUCCUGGGACAUUUUAUUUUUCUCUUGUUAUCGCCAUUCUAGCUGCUAUUGUUGCUUCACAAGCUAUGAUUACAGCUAGUUUUCAAUUAUUAUCACAGGUUAUGAGAUUAUCCUACUUUCCACAUAUCAAAACAGUUCAUACUUCGAAACUAUUCCAUGGCCAAGUGUACAUGCCGUUGGCAAAUUGGUUGCUUAUGAUCGGUACUGUUGUAGUGACGGCAGUGUACAGUAAUACAACUCGCCUUGGAAAUGCCUAUGGUGUUUGCGUAAUCUUCGUAACCUUCAUAACAACCUGCAUGAUUUCGCUGGUCGCCAUCAUCAUCUGGCGUGUCAACGUCUUCAUCGUCCUUAUCUUCUUCUUAGUCUUUGCCGCACUCGAUGGUGUCUAUCUCUCUUCUGCUCUCAUCAAAGUCCCGACCGGCGCAUGGUUCACCCUACUUCUUGCUGCCAUUCUCUCUUGUAUAUUUGUAUUAUGGCGUUACGGCAAAGAGCAACAAUGGACUUCUGAAGCUCAGGAUCGCAUUCCUUCCUCUCAAUUCAUGACAUUUGAUUCCAAAUAUCCAAACUCCAGCUUCUUAACCUCGGCUUUUGGCUCCUAUCCCGUUACCACUGUCCCGAGCGUUGGUAUCUUCUUCGAUAAAGUAGGAGAUCAACUACCCAUCGUCUUCACCCAAUUCGUUCGGAAAUUCUGCGCCACUCCCGAAAUUAUCAUCUUUUUACAUAUGCGUCCACUUUCCGUCCCCCACGUUCCAGAUACAGAACGUUAUGUUAUUCAACGGACUUCCAUCCCUUCUUGUUACCGUAUCACCAUUCGUCAUGGUUAUACUGAUGAUAUCAUCACACCAUCCAUCGGUUCCACAUUGGUUUCUCAACUUGUACUCUUCAUAACUCGUGACCCGUCUACGUUUACAGGUCUCCAGAGUCGAUUGGUAUCAGAGGAUACUAGUCCUCAAUCUCCGAACUCGACUUCCCCCGCUAGUAGUGUGAUACAUACACCAGCUAUCCAGGCGGAAUUGGAUAAGAUUAAUAAUGCGGCGAAUAGUCAGAUGGUGUAUGUGUUGGGUAAGGAACAGAUGAAAAUUAAAAAUGGGGACAAAAGUUUAGGGGGCUGGGCGAGGAGAGGGGUGUUGUGGGUGUUUUUGUGGAUUAGAGAGAAUAGUAGGGGGAAGAUGGCGGAUUUGGAUUUACCAGCUGAGGGAUUGGUGGAGCUAUCCACAGAAUUCCAAACCUCCUAUGGUAUGCUUCUCUUAGCUGCACACCCCGAGGUCCAGGAAUGGGUCCACGAAGAAAUCGAGUUCUACGUAGGGAACCAAGAUCCCAAAACCCUGUCAUACAAUGAACUAUUCCCGAAACUCAAACGAUCUCUUGCAGUUUUACUCGAGACAUUGCGUCUAUACAAUCCUCUUCCGGGCGUACCCAAAUACACAGGAUCCAAGUCCACCGAUCUCACCGUCGACGGCCACACGUAUCACAUUCCCGCCGACUAUCUACGCCCCACACGAUGGAUUGAAAACGACGGCCACCUCGAGCACGAAACCCUCUUCAAUCCUCCCAAAGGCACCUACUUCCCAUGGUCCGAAGGCAUCCGCAAUUGUCCCGGUAAAAGAUUCGCACAAGUAGAAUUUGUGGCCACGUUGAUGGCGCUUCUCCGAAAUCACACUACGGAACCGGUGACGCUUGGAGGUGAAUCACUUGAUGUAGCUAGGAAACGCACUUUGGAUGUGGUGAAAGAUAGUAAUGUGGAAUUACUUUUGCAAAUGGCAAACCCGAAAAGUGUCUCGGUUCGAUGGGUAGAAAGACCAGCGAAGCAUUGA